CCACGCUCUAGAGAAUGACCAUGAAAUAAUGCAUCUGAUCCGUGUAAUCACUUCAAUCUUGUCGAUUGACUUUUUCCCCUAGCAGUGUUCGAUUGAUAAGUUCAAAAUUUGUUUAGUUUCCAAAAUCAAAAACCUCCAAAAACAUGUACAAUUUUGAAGAGAUGAAAACCAUUUUAAUUUUCUUUAAAUUUGUUAUCAAAGUUUUCCAUAAAAGUGUGUCAAAAUUAGUAUAAAAUCAAUUCUUUCCACAGCUAACAAAACGAAAAUUUGAUGCAGUUUCCAUAUUUGAACAGUUGCUUGAUUGUCGGGUGCCAAAAGGUGCAAAAUGUUGUGCCAAUAUAUAUUAUAAAAGCUGGGAAGUUCAGUCAUUUUGUUUCAGCAAGCUCGAGUGAACAGCUAUAAAAUCUGCUGUUCAACAGAUGCCUUCAGAAGAAAUGUCUAAUCCAGUGACACUCAUCUUACUGCUGCUACCGGCAGCGAUCUCAGCUGUCGGAAUGAACUGCCCCGCAACAUGCGGCUCAACCAUCCCAUCGGUAACGAUCACCGACGGGUGCCUCUGCGGAACAACCAUGCCCGGACUGGAGGGCGGUCCCUUCGACGCCUACCUGGGCGUCCCGUUUGCCAAGCCACCCGUCGGAGAGCUUCGGUUUGCGAAUCCCGUGAGGAACCUCCCCUGGAGUGGAGCGUACAACGCAAGUAUCGCCAGGGGCGCUUGCCUCCAGCAGAACGAGUUCAACCCGGAUCGUGCGUUAGCUGGCGACGAGGACUGUCUGUACUUGAACGUGUACAAACCUAGGGCGGGGUCGGGACCGCUUCCGGUGAUGGCGUACAUCCACGGAGGGGGAUACAUCGCUGGGACGGCUCAUCCGGCGUACGUCGGGCCGGAAAAGUUCAUGGACACGGGUCGGGUGGUGCUGGUAACGUUCCAGUACCGGGUGGGAGCGCUUGGCUUUCUCUCGACUGGACAUCGCGCCGCGCCAGGGAACUUUGGCUUGAAGGAUCAGACGAUGGCGCUGAAGUGGAUCCAGGAGAAUAUCCGGCGGUUUGGUGGGGAUCCCGCGAAGGUAACUCUGUUCGGACAGAGCGCCGGAGCGAGUUCGGUUCAGCUGCACAUGGUGAGUCCGCUGAGUGCGGGACUGUUUGCGAAAGCGAUCAGUGCCAGCGGAAGCAUGCUGUCGUACUGGAACCGACCGUACGAGGAUGCGCUGACGCUGGCGAGACGUCAGGGUGAAGCGUUGAACAUUAGUAAUGCGAGGGCGAUUAGUACGGAGAAGUUGGUGGAAGCCCUGCGGAAGGUCGAUGCCAAGCAGCUUGUUGGGAGUGUUGACAAGCUGAAGUUUUGGUACAACCAACCGAUCAUUCUGUACCGUCCAGUGGUGGAACGUUACGUGAGCAAGGAGACCUUCCUCAGCGAGGAUCCGGCCAGGCUUUGGGCUAGUGGACGGUACAGGAAGGUACCCUGGUUGACCGGGUUCGUCCCGAACGAGGGGGCGGCUCUCACGCUGGGAGUUGUUACCAACGCGGUGAAGCUGCCCCAGUUCCUGGCGAACCAAACCAACCUGCUUUCGAUGUUUGCCGCAGUUCCCAAAAGCCAGGAGAAGAAUCUUCUCAAGCGUUUCUUCGCUGGAGCUCCCGUGAGCAACGCCAACAUCGACGGAUUCGACAAGAUGGUCACCGAAGCGGCCUUCCUGUACCCGAUGAUGAAGUCGAUCCUGUUGUACCGAGCCUCGAACCCCUCGGCUAGCGGUGGCAGUGUUUCGCUGUACCACUUCAACUUUGCGGGCCGGUAUCGCUACUCGGCGCUGUACACCGGCCAACCGAUGACCAGCCGGUACGGAAUCGUGCACGGCGAAGAUCUGCUGUACCUGUGGCGAUCUCCGGCGGUCUUUCCGGACUUUCCAAGGGAUUCCCCCGAAGCGGCCAUGUCACGCCGCCUGGUUAAGCUGUUUGUGGACUUUGCGUAUGAAGGGAAAAUUUCUGGAAAACAAUCGCUUUUGACGCCGUUCAAUACUGUUGAAUUCACCAACUCAAAUUCGGUCACUGAUCCAGUGAAGAGUAGCCCUAUUGAUGGUCGAUUGAUGAAUUACCUCUGGAAUGUCCUGGUUUGGUGGUCUAAUAAGUUGUAACUCAAAGCGAUUGGU